AUGUCCAAAUCAUGGUUUCGAAAAUGUUUGAUUUGCGUUCUUAUGGUUUUUAACGUAAUCUUGUUGAUUUUUGGUAUUGGGAUCCUUGGCUUUUCUUUGUUCAGCUACAUGGAGCCGCAACUUCAGGCUAUUUUUCACGCUUCUGGAUUCCUGUAUGAGAUGCAAAAUUUAAUUUAUGUUCUAAUUUCCGUGGGAUUAUUAACGGUUAUUGUUGCUAUCAUCGGAUGCUGUGGAACUUACUACGAAUCAUCUUGUCUAAUCAGCACUUAUUUUACGUGCCUUGCAGUAAUUUUGUGUGUUCAGGUGGCCGUUGGUAUAUUAAGCGUUUGUCGAUUUUUUUGUUACAAGUUAUUAUUUUAUCCUAUUAGACCGAGGAGAAAAUUGUUCGAGCUGUUAAAAAUGUUAUUAACAGCUGUGCCGAAUUUGAAGCCCAGAAAAUCGUCGAUCGCGAUGCAUUCCAAUUCACUGCAUACAGUUGACUACUUGUCACCCACUAUUUGUUCGUUCAGUUGA